GGACCGGAUGUGGCGAUCUAACGGUGCGACAGUCCUCUUCUCAGGCCCUCUGGCCCGAGAGCCUGUUGACUCUGUGACACACGCUGAGGAGCUGGUUGUGGUGUUUUCCAGCGAGGGAAGAAGAGAGUAAUUUUUUCAAAGCAUUUAUAGAAACGCAGCAAAGGGAAGGUGUGAGAUUGCCGCCAUGCCUGGCAGAGACGGAGGGAGGCAGUUUACUCCGGAAUGCGGCCGCCGCAGAUGUUCUCCGCAACCUUCCGGAAGUGGAAUGGCGGGAGCCUCAGCAUUGCUGCCCACCGACCCCCCGGAAGCGGAAACAGGAUCCCCGCGUGCCCCUUCCUCACUACCCUCCAAAUCCCGCUGCAGCCAUUGCCGCAGACACGAUGCCGAAACGAAAGAAGCAGAAUCAGCACCAGCCACCGACACAGCAGCAGCCCCCACUGCCCGAGCGGGAAGAGACUGGAGAUGAGGAGGAUGGGAGUCCCAUCGCUCUUCACAGAGGUCCUCCAGGAUCAAGGGGACCACUGAUUCCACCACUGCUGAGUCUCCCACCUCCUCCUUGGGGUAGAGGCCCAAUUUGGAGAGGCCUUGGCCCCAGGUCUAGCCCAUAUGGUCGUGGUUGGUGGGGAGUCAAUGCAGAACCUCCUUUUCCGGGGCCAGGCCAUGGGGGUCCCACCAGGGGAAGCUUUCACAAAGAACAGAGAAACCCUCGAAGGCUCAAAAGCUGGUCUCUUAUCAAGAAUACCUGCCCGCCCAAGGAUGACCCCCAGGUUAUGGAAGACAAAUCCGACCGCCCUGUCUGCCGACAUUUUGCCAAAAAGGGCCACUGUCGAUAUGAGGACCUCUGUGCCUUCUACCACCCAGGCGUCAAUGGACCUCCUCUGUGAGACUGUGCCUUCCCAUCCAGGCUGGAAGGAGCUGUCUGUGACCUAGCGGCCAUUUAUUUCUCUGUAGCCCUAUGAUGGCUACUGUGAGGCUCUUCUAACACCCUCAGUCAGUGACACACCCACCCCAUCCACCACCUCCCCUGUGUGGGGUCCAGAGUUGUGUUGCAUCACUGGUGCGCGGUAUACGCGCUUUCUUCUGAUCCAGCCUGUAGAGACUCGCCUUCGGGACCCAUCUUUGCUUCCUUUCAGUUGCCUCCUGGAUCUUCUUUCCCAUCAUCAAAUGACUGCUGAACAGGAAACCUCUUUGGUGCUGUUUCUUGUGCAUCUGUCCACCUGUUCCCCAGUAUUGCCCUCAAUUCCUGAGAGCCCUGGAGUGGUUUCCUACCAUUCCCUUCUUUUAGCUGCUGUUUUAAGUCCUUUUUAUGUGACAUUCCCUACCCCCAAUGUUGUCAGCUGCUUGUGAAACUCAGCCAGGUUGUCUAACCUGGGGUCAAGUUUGGGUGACUGGUGCAGAGUUACUUCCUAAAAGGCCACUCUCCCUGCCUUUGGAUUUCAUAGUUUCUCUGUCAGUAGCAUGAUCCCCACCACUAUGGUCUAUGAUCACCGUGCUUUGUGAAACUGUGCAUCCCCUUGUAGCCUUUCUCAGUGUCCGUGGCAUUUUUGUGACUUUCCAGCACUAGAAUAAGUUUUCCUGCCAAAAUGAGUGAGGCGCUUGGUGCCCUCUGGACUUUCCCACUUCCCAACAUGGGAGAAUUGUGAACUUUCCAUCAGACUGCCUCCCUGGCCCUCCCCAUUCUUCUCCUGUUGGUUAUUCUGGGUCUGACACAGGCCCAUGACACGUCUUACAAAGCCUCCAAUGGCUUUAUCCUACCUAGAUCCCUCCCAGCCCAUUUUAAUUAGACUGUGUCAUCGUGAGGCCACCAGUCCAUUCAUUUGAAUUCUGUGAAUCUCCACCUUGCCUAUCUUUGGGUGGAACCUGGACAGUACUGUCGCCCUCUUCCAACCCUCUUCCCCUACAUCCCUGGCACUGGUUGUUUUCUGUGAAAACAGCAGUGAACAGGUUCAGUUUUGAACUGGCCCUGAGGAAAUGGGUCAGGAGUUGUAUUGGCAAGAGGGAGGGAUGAGAGCCGUUGGAGAACUGAGAAUGAGGCUUUGUUUUGUUUUUUUCUUUUUAACUUUUUUUAUAUUAGUAAUAAAUGCAGUGGAAACCAGCAUUUUAUUUAA